CCCGUCAGUUACAGGUGGCCGGCUCCUCCGCGCUGGGUGCGGCGAGGGCGCCGGCGCCAGGAGAGCCGUGGCUGAAGGCGCGAGGCGGCGCGCGACACGUCGGCGGGGAGCUGUCGUGGGCUCAGUAGGUUGACAUUAAAACUGAAGUUUUCUAAUUAUUAGAAAUUGAAUGUAAUGGCAGCAGAAUUUUUAAAGAGUUGCUGUAGAGGAUGUUUCUAUGGUGAAACAGAAAACCACAAGUUUUCUGUGGAAAGAGACUUUAAACCAUCCAUCUCAAAUAGCCAGAAUACCAUCUGUGUACCUCCAUUGACUUCUGUUUCAGUUAAGCCCCAAGUUGGCUGUGGUGAGGAUUAUUUGCUUUCCAAAUUACCAUGUGAUGGUAAAGAAGUACCAUUUGUGGUGCCCAGGUUUAAAUUAUCUUAUAUUCAGCCCAGGACACAAGGAACUCCUUCACAUCUGGAUGAACUGGAAGGAUCUGCCAGAGCAUCUUUUGGAGAUCAAAAAGCAGAACUUUGCAGUUCAUCCUACAGUGGAUCCAGCUAUGAUGUAUAUAACCCGUGUUAUAUGUAUCAACACUUUUCACCUGAUUUAAGUAGACGUUUUCCACUUCAUUUUGAAACAAAAAAAUUAUAUGGAUCUGUUUGUGAUUUAAGGACCAGUAAACUUCCUGGUUCACCUGGGUUAAGCAAAUCUAUGCUUGAUCUUACAACAUCACCUCAGCGAUUCAUUCAGAGACAUGACUCACUCUCCAGUGUGCCUAGUAGUUCUUCUUCAAGGAAGAAUUCUCAGGGUAGUAACAGAAGCCUGGAUACAAUUACGCUAUCAGGAGAUGAAAGAGACUUGGGGAGAUUGAAUGUGAAGUUGUUUUAUAAUUCUUCAGCAGAGCAGAUCUGGAUCACAGUUUUACAGUGCAGAGAUGUGACUUGGCCCUCUAGUUAUGGAGAGAGUCCCACAAUUUCUAUAAAAGGAAUUUUAACAUUGUCCAAACCAGUACAUUUCAAAUCUUCAGCUAAAGAAGGGUCCAAUGUUAUUGAAUUUAUGGAAACUUUUGUAUUUGCUAUUAAACUACAAAACCUACAAGCUGUGAGGCUUGUAUUUAAGAUUCAAACCCAGACUCCCAGGAAGAAAACCAUUGGAGAAUGUUCUCUAUCACUCAGAACUCUCAGUACACAGGAAAUGGAUUACUCGUUGGAAAUAAUACCACCUUCAAAACUUUCUGUUUGCCAAGCAGAACUUGAACUGGGGGCUUGUUUUCAAGCAGUGAAUAGCAGGAUUCAGCUGCAAAUUCUUGAGGCACAAUACCUUCCAAGUUCUUCAACACCUCUAACUUUGAGUUUUUUUGUGAAGGUGGGGAUGUUUAGCUCAGGAGAGCUUGUUUAUAAGAAGAAGACGCGCUUGCUGAAGGCUUCCAGUGGAAGAGUAAAAUGGGGAGAAACUAUGAUUUUUCCACUUACACAGACUGAAAAAGAAAUUGUUUUCCUCAUUAAACUUUAUAGUCGAAGCUCUGUAAGAAGAAAACAUUUUAUAGGCCAGCUCUGGAUAAGUGAAGACAGCAAUAAUAUUGAAGCAGUGAACCAAUGGAAAGAGACAAUUUCAAAUCCUGAAAAGGUUGUUACCAAGUGGCACAAGUUAAAUCCAUCUUGAAGACAUCAGGCAUUAAUUUAGUGACGAAACAGCUUGACAUUUUAAUAGAAGAAACAUAAUUUCUAAAACUAAUGAGUUCUAUCAGAUACACAAAGUGAAUGAAAUGUUUUAAAAUGGUGCCAAAAUAGAUGAUAAAAUAAAAGGGUAGUAUUAUUAGGCCAAUUAAAUAUAUUAUAAAAAUCUAUGAAAAUAUCAAUCCUAGGUAAAUAUUUCAAUAUUGGUUCUGCUUUUGUUUUUAAGAUAUCAAAAACCUAGCACAGCAAUCCCUCUUAGUAUUACUAUUAGACAUUUAUAAAACUGUAGUACUUUUACAGUGCUAGGCAUGAUUGAUUAGAUCUUUACACAAUUUAUAUCUUUAUAUGAAUUUUUUACAGCACAAAUGAAUAGGUCAGUUCCAUUGACUUUUUUUCUGUAUUUGAGAAGAAUUGGUACCCUGUACUUAAAAUUUUUUCAUAAGUCAUUGCAUGAUCACUUUAUAAGCUGUUUAUCUCUAGAAGAAUUAGAGAAUUAUUAACAUUUUUCCAGGAAUAAUAAAGCUUGGAACUAGCAAGAUGGCUCGGGGAGUAAAUGAGCUUGUCACUAUUCGUGAUCAUCUGAGUUUUAUCCCUGGAACUCAACAAGAUGGAAGGGGAAAACCCAUUUCCUUCAGUUUUUUACUGACAUCCACAUCCAUACUUUGGCAAACACACACACACACACACAAAUAAGUAAACAAAUAAAUACACAUAAAUAAGCAAAUAUCUUUUAAAAAUCAAUAAAGUUUAAUUGAAAGCUAAAAUAUA